AUGAGUACCGCUCCAGCAACAUUGGAUGGAAAUACAGCACAACAGCCUCAAUUCUCCAAAGAGAAGCUCGUAAAAUACUUUAAAUCCAAUUUGUGCAUGCUGCCUACUCCAUAUACCCAAACAGAAACCAACAGAGUGACACUUGCCUUCUUUUGUCUGGGAGCUUUGAGUUUGUUAGGAGAACUGGAUCAUUGCGUGUCAAAAGAGAAUAAGCAGGACUGGAUUGAAUGGAUCUAUGCACAACAAGUGUUACCAACAGGUCAAGAGCCAGAUGCUAAUGAAGCGUUGUGUGGAUUUAGAGGCUCUUCUUGGUCUGGAAGGAAGUUUGACCCUCAUGCUCAAACUUGCCAAUUUCAACAUUAUGAUUCGAGCCAUAUUGCCAACACCUACACUGCAUUGUUGAAUUUGCUGAUUUUGGGCGAUGAUCUUUCGCGCGUGAAUAGAAAAGCCAUUGUGAGAACGUUGAGCUUAUUACAGCAAGAAGACGGAAGCAUUGCACCCACGUUUGGAAGUUUGGAAAGAGAUGUUCGAUUUAUUUUCUGUGCUUGCUCUAUAUCCUACAUGUUGAAUGACUGGUCUGGCAUCAAUAAAGAGGUAACAGUACAACAUAUCAAGCAACUUCAGUCAUUUGAAUACGGUGUAGCGCAGUGUCCUGACCAAGAGGCACACGGCGGAUCAACAUUUUGUGGCAUUGCAGCAUUAGCAUUGAUGGAUAAAUUGGAAGAGGGUAUUAUCAAUAGAGAGGAGCUAGUGAAAUGGUGUCUGUUUCGCCAGAUCAAGGGAUUUCAGGGCAGACCCAACAAAUUAGAAGACGUUUGCUACGGAUUUUGGGUGGGUGCAUCUUUGGAUAUCUUGGACUCAUUUGACCUUGUGAACCACGAAGCGCUCAGAGACUUUCAAUCCAAAUGCCAGCCCAAGAUGGGCGGAUUCGGCAAAGACCCAGAGUCCUAUCCUGAUUUACUACAUUCUUACAUGGGCGUCGCUGUUUUGUCUCUCAUGAAAGAGCCUGGCAUUGAGCCUAUCCAUGCCGCAUUGAAUGUGCCGUUGUCUGCGUAUCAACAUUUAAAGGAUAACAGUGUCUUCUGGAAACAACAGCAAUAA